UCAACAUGUCCGGUAAAAGAUUAGUUUCUAAUAUUACUCCAGUUAAAACUGCCAACGCUCCACCACCAGCUGCCUCUUACUCCCAAGCCAUCAAGUCUAACGGUUUUAUCUACGUUUCUGGUCAAAUUCCUUACACCCCACAAAACAAACCAUUAUCAGAAAACCCAACUAUUGCUGAACAAGCUGAACAAGCUAUUCAAAAUGUUUCCAAUAUCUUAGAAGCCUCCAACUCUUCUUUGAACCACAUUGUCAAGGCUACUAUUUUCUUAACUGAUAUGAAUGCUCAAUUUGCCGAAUUCAAUUCUGUUUAUGGUAAAUACUUUAGCGAACAUAAACCAGCUAGAUCAUGUAUUGCUGUUAAAGAAUUACCAUUGGGUGUUCCUUUAGAAAUUGAAGCCAUUGCCAUUGAAAAAGAUGACUCUAAAUUAUAAUCUGGUUUAUAGAUCUAGUUUAU